AUGUCUCCAAAAAUAGAUUCAUUAGAAUUGGCUCAUCUUCAUUUUAUUCUGAAACCACAUAAACCCGAUACACCAUUACGGCCUAUUGUAGCAGCUAUUCAUGCACCAGCAACAGAAAUAUCCAAAUUUCUUAAUGAUCUAUUAGCACCUAAAUUUCUACGUGUUGCUCGACAAACUACAUUUAUUAAUGGUAUUGAUCUUGUCCGAGCAUUAGAAAAAUAUGCUGCCAAUGACCAUUUAAAAUCAACCACUUUGUUUAUUACUUUUGAUGUUGAAAAUCUUUAUACAAUGAUACCACGACAAGGUGCUUUAGAAGUAUUAUUACAAUUUCUAGAGCGAAAUAUACGUAAUAAUAAAAUCGGUACAUUACGUAUUGAUGAUAUUAUGAGAAUGGCUCAUCUCGUAUUGGAUACGAAUAUUUUUGCUUAUGAAAAUAAAUAUUAUCGACAAAUACGUGGUGGAGCGAUGGGAUCUGCCUUUACCCAAACUUUAGCUAAUAUUUAUAUGCUAGAUUGGGAACAACAACUAAUGCAUGACCAACAAGCAGAUCAGGAAAUUUAUGGAAGAUUUAUUCAAAAUGUUUGA